AAGAUUCCGUCUAAUAAUGUUUCUCUCCAGAGAGGAUUUCUGCUAAGAAUAGAACUAUGUAUUCUAUGGCCAUCCAGUUGUGCAGCAACUCUGAGGGCCAGACAUUUGCAAUAGACGCUGACCGAGUUAUUCUGACGCUCCAUGGGCUCGGCGCAAGCUUUCGGCUCCGUCUGCAAGCCGUUGAUCGAUCAGGGAAAGGAAGUCGAAGUGGAGAAGAUUCUGGCUUCAAGUACUACGGCACUGUCGGGGGAGUGUGUGCGGCCGUGGUUGCCGUGAUGGCUACUGCCAUUGGUGUCUACUUUGUCAGACAGUACAGAAUGAGACAACAGAAGCAGAGUCAGGCCAACGCUGAAACCAUCGUUCCUCUUGGUGCUAGAAGCUAGUAAGUAUGAUAUGAAUGUAUGUAUAGCUUUCAGGAGUGUGUACGCAGGGUGUAGGGAUGUGUGUGUGUGUGUGUGUGUGUG